CCAUUUAGCGAUCAUUCUGUGCAUGCGUCAUUUGCUCUUCAGGACAUAAACAUGCAUAUAUCUUUCAAACCGAUAUUUAACAAUUAUUCAUUUUCAAAUCCAACCAAUAAUUUGUAGCGGAAACGGAAACUUUGUAUGCUUUAAGUGAAGUUUUGAACAACAUCAUUUCACAUUGUAACACGUUUAUAAAUCAAUAUAGGCGUCACAUUAUUUCACUUAGAUAAAAAGCACAUAUAAGAAAAGUACGAUUUUGUUUUAAGCAUGUUCAACCAACAAUAACUAUAUUCUAAACUUAAAAAUAACCUUUUUCCAAAUGAUGUUGUUUGUUUUCAUUGGCUGGACAAUAACAUCGUUUGCAUGUCACUUCUGUGCCAAACUAUUUAUAAAGGAAUCGACAUCAUUCACUCCUGGAAAUGGAAAUAACAUAAUUGUUUUAACUGUUCUACAAGUGUUCUUCUACAUGCAAGUAGCAUCGUUUACGGAUGACAAUGAUAAAGGGGUUAUGGUUAACAAACUUGUCAUUUUCAUUGCUCACGCAUGCGCGACUUUGGCGACAAACUGGAGUAUGGCUGUAACAUAUGUAGCUUCUACAUUUGCUGUUAAACUAAUGGAACCUGUAACCAGUGCUUUAUUACAAAAACUUAUUCUAAAAAUCGAAUUGUCAUAUCUACAGUACAUCAGUAUUCCAGCUGUUGUUUGUGGUUCAAUAUUAUUUGCACAAGAAAAUAACACAUGGAAGUUAAAUGUUUCCAAAGGAACUGUUCUGGCGUUUAUAUCUAAUAUAUGUUUAUCCCUCAGAAACGUGUACAUGAAAAAGAAUCACAUAUCACAUUCUAAGUUUAUAGUUAACAAAACCCAUAUUGGAUUAGGACUAUUUGUUGUUUUUGCCGUAGGAGCAUUGGUUCUUUUUGAUAUCGGGAUAGCACCCACAGGAACCGCAAAAUUAUACUUUCUUCUCAUAGGAUCUUCUUUAUUUCAUGCUAUUUAUAGCUACAUAUCUACGGUAGUUGUACUUCACCAUUUUUCCGUUAUUGGUCAUGCAUUUGGAAACAUUUUGAAAAGGCUUGCUGUUCUUGGUUUAUUAUACGUAACAGGCUCAAAAACAUCGUCAAUCGUAAAUUUCAUUGGACUUUUCACAUGUGCAACAGGGCUGACAAUUUAUGCGUUUUCUAAAGUACACGAGUUGAAUCAGCACCAAAUUAACAAAGAGUUUCAAACUGUGAUGAGCUAUAAAAGACAUUUAUUCUUUACCUUGGUUACAAUUAUUGUAUUUUUUCUGGCACUGAAUCAGUUCUUCAGGGGACAUACGAUGAUGUUAGAGUUAUUGAAAUGUAGAACGAAAUAUGUUGAUGGAAAUAAUGAUAGCUAUAAAUUGUUGUGGAAUAAUUUAUCUCUGUCAAAGCAAGCGACAUUCAACAUCAAAGACUUCCUAACAUUAGAUCUAGCACACAAUCCAGAAGAAAGUAAUAAACUUUCUAUAUUGCUUACAAAACGAUCAGAUGUAAUUGACGAAGCUCAGAGAAUUCACAUGAAUAUUUUCAAGUCCCUGUUGGGCGGGUAUAAAUAUGCAAUGCUAUUCGAUUAUUCUCACUCGGAAAACAAAGGUGACUCGGCGAUUACUGUUGGAGAAACAUUGCUUUUGAGGAAACUCAAAAUCGAAAUUGUGUUUGUAUGUAAAAUUCAUUGCAUAGAUUAUCAACUAGACAGAGCCCAUAACAUCAGUAAAAAAUAUACAAGUAAAGAUCUUGUCAUUCUUUUUCAUGGUGGCGGAAAUGUCAUUGGUUGGCCUUUGUCAGACGUUUCUCGUGGUAAACAAAUAAAACGAUUCAUGCAGUUCAACAUUGUCAUGUUUCCACAAAGUAUUUUGAUAAUGGGACCAGAUUCUCACAUAAAGUUCUGCCAAAAAAUAUAUGCUUCUCAUCAGAGGCUUACGUUUCUAUGGCGAGAUAAGGUAUCCUUCGAUCUUGGCAAGAAGCUCUUCCCUAAGGUACGUUCGUUAUUAUCACCAGAUAUUGCCUACCAGAUUGGUUUCGUUUCUCGCUUUAUGUAUCCAACGUUCGAUAUACUUUGGAUAAGACGCACCGAUAAAGAGUCUCCACACUACAAUACACCUCUAGCACCAGAAGGAUAUCGUAUGCAUGUUUCUGAUUGGUUAAUGUGGAAAAACCCACGUGGGGACUCGCCAAUGGAAGACUCGUUUCUUAUGACAACCAAUGGAAUGAUGUUUUUACAGAGAGGUCGAGUAGUUAUCACUGAUCGUCUUCACGGUCAUAUUCUAUCAACACUUCUCAAUAUCCCCCACGUGUAUAUUGAUAACAAACAACGUAAAAUAUCUAACUAUCACACCACAUGGACGGCUGGUUUAGAUAAUGUAGUUUUAGCAAAUUCUAGUAUUGACGCAGUUGAAAAAGCAAAGGAAUUGCUGCUUAAACUUGAUAAAGAAUUACCUUCAGUUAAAGGAUAUUUCAUAUAGUUAGUAAGAAAAGACAUUGCAUGAGAGGAAAACAAGCUAACGAUAUGAAAUUAACACUAUAAUUUAAAUGUGUUAUACUAAAAUGACACUCACGAAAGGAACUAUGGCAGUUUAAGAAUCUUUUUGCACAAAUAUAAUAAGCACAGAUGAGAAUUUUAUAUUUUCAAAAUGUUUUCAUUUUUGUAUUAAUAAACAUGUUCUAGUCUAGUGAUAUUUCUAAAACAUAUGAUUCAAACAAAAUAUCAUUAUUACGAUCAGCUAUAUCGCCUUUCACAGUAAUUUUCUUUUACCUUUGACGGACCUUUAAGUAUUACCUUGACCUUAGAAGAAACAACCUGGUUUUUGUGUUCUGCGCAUCAUCUCAUACUAGCUAUCAUUUGUUCCAAAUGAUUUUAAAACUUCUUGAGCAAGCAUAAGGUUAUUUAUUAGAAAAUUUAGCUUUCAAAUUGAACAUAAGAACGUUUUACAAAUCCUCCUUCGAAAAUUGGUGUCGGUUUAAAGCGAAGUUUAAGCCAAAGUCUCUAUCCGAUGUAAAAGAUAUAUUUAUUUUUUGUAACUCUGAAAUUCGUUUUCGUAAGAAACAGUUAUACUUCAAUUCAUUUGUUAAAAGUAAUAUAUUGUUUUUAAAAAAUAUUUGGGACUUUGAAAAUAAUAAUUUUAUUAGCAUAGACACUCUUUUAAAGAAAUUAAAAUGUAUGCGAAAUUUGGAUUGCCGAAUGGCAUAUUUUCAAAUCGAGCAUUUCUAAAAUGUAUAAAACUUCUUUAAAAGACCAUCAUUAUGAAACACUUACUUAGACAAUAUUGUUUUAACGAGCAAGACGCAAACAAAAAUAUUGCCUGAAAAUAUUAAAAUAAAAGAAAUAUCUCAUAUAUGGAAUCAUAAGACUGGUAAAUUGAAAACUGAAAGUAAAUGGGAAAGCUUAUUUAAUAUGGAGUAACAAUGGAGUAAAAAUAUGAUUCUUUUUCUUCAUGCAAAGCUGUACAAUUUCAGUGAAAUUUUUACACAAUGUUAUUUAUACAGAACACAAGUUGUC